AUGACUGAACAAGACCGUAUGAGAGUCGCGAUGAGCAGCCAUUUAUCCCAAGUAUUGGUCGAAUACCUUCCGCCAACCAAGCCACCGAUCGGCAAGUACGACCCUGAUUUUAUCAAAUUCGUCUGCGCUCGGGAUAUUUUUAUUGGGUAUGAGCAGUACUUCGACCGCUUCAAGGAAAAAUUCAACCUUGACGAACUGGCGAAAUUUGUUGGGGCGGAGAUAAAAAGCCGUCACACAAUUAUUGAGAAAUGGCCGCACAGGCUGGAACUCAAGCCUAAGCAGGCAGGAGCGCAGCAAGAGUUCGACCUGACUCUUGCGAGCGGUUUGUCAACCAAGGAGCGUUAUAUGGAGCCGAGAAGAGCGUGGCCAAUAGAGUACUUUCCACAGUCAAUUGAGCGCGUGACCUAA